AUGGAGGAUGCUCUUAAAGAUCAGGACUUUUGGUCUUUCAACGAGACGUGGAAGAACUACAGCUUCGGUAACGGGACUGAUGGCGGAAACCAAACGGUGAAUCCUCUGAAACGAAAUGAAGAAGUGGCGAAAGUGGAGGUUACAGUCCUGGCUCUCGUGCUUUUCUUAGCCCUUGCAGGUAAUCUGUGCGUCCUGGUUGCUAUCCACACAGCCAAACACAGCCAAUCUCGCAUGUAUUACUUCAUGAAGCACCUUAGUAUUGCGGACCUGGUAGUGGCCAUCUUUCAAGUCCUGCCACAACUUAUCUGGGACAUCACCUUUCGCUUUUACGGGCCAGACUUCCUUUGUAGGUUGGUGAAAUACUUACAGAUCGUUGGGAUGUUCGCCUCCACCUAUAUGCUGGUGUUGAUGUCCAUAGACAGAUGCCUGGCUAUCUGUCAACCGCUUCGCUCUUUACACAAAAGAACGGACCGUUUUUAUGUGAUCUUCUGCUGGGUGCUAAGUCUGCUGUUCAGCAUACCGCAAGUGUAUAUCUUUUCUCUGAGGGAAGUUGGAUCUGGGGUGUACGACUGCUGGGGCGACUUUGUAGAACCAUGGGGAGCCAAAGCCUACAUUACCUGGAUAAGCUUAACUAUCUAUGUCAUACCGGUGGCGAUACUCAGCAUUUGCUACGGACUCAUAAGCUUUAAAAUAUGGCAAAACUUCAAACUGAAAACCAAAAGGGAACAGUGUAUCUCCCUCACUCCCACUGCUACGAAAAGCAACGCGCUGGCCCGGGUGAGCAGCGUCAAACUCAUCUCCAAAGCAAAGAUCACCACGGUGAAAAUGACGUUCGUGAUCGUCCUUGCGUAUAUCGUUUGCUGGACACCGUUUUUCUUUGUCCAGAUGUGGUCAGCGUGGGAUCCCGAGGCGCCUCGAGAGGCUAUGCCCUUCAUCAUCUCCAUGUUGCUGGCGAGUCUGAACAGCUGCUGUAAUCCCUGGAUCUACAUGUUUUUCGCCGGCCACCUCUUUCACGACCUGAAACAAAGCCUUUUCUGCUGCUCAGCUCUCUACCUGAAGUCCUCGCAGUGUCAUUUCCCCGAGCGAGAUCAGGACUCCAGCCGCAAGAGCAACUCCUCCACCUAUGUCAUUAAGAGCACCAGCAGCCAAAGGAGCAUCACCCAAACCUCCACCACGUAG